UUUAGUACAUUCCGUGCUUGCCGUUCCGUUCCGUUUUACCGUUGUCAUUGUGUUUGGCCCUGGAGCUUCAUACCUCCGGCUUCACCGCACAUGGGCGGGGCUUGGGAGCGACUGGUGCGUAUUGUUAAGCAAAAUCUUGCUAAACUUAAGCCUAAUAGGACGAUGUCACACGAAGUUUUGGAAAACCUGCUGACGGAAAUCGAAAACGUAGUUAACUCCCGCCCUAUGACCAACCUACCGUUGAACGAUGACCAGUCUCCAGUAUUAACCCCAAACCAUUUCUUACUAGGAUCUAGUAAUGGGUUGCGGUCCUGGGUUCCUUACAACGAUAGCUCUGAGGUGCUAAAGAAUUCCUGAAAGCUUUCGCAAGCCCUGGCCAAUCAGUUUUGGAAACAGUGGAUUCGGAAUUAUCUACCGUAUGUUACUCGAAGGACAAAAUGGUUUGGAUACGUUGAAACUACCCAAAUCAAUGACUUGGUGAUCAUCGUGGACCCAAACCUUCCUCGAAAUACGUGGCCCAAAGGUCGCGUUAUAGAAGUCAAGCAGGGAGCGGAUAAUCAGGUGAGGAGUGCCAGUGUACAGACUUGCAGUGGUGUCUACGAACGACCUGCAGUGAAGCUCGCCGUGCUCAACGUAGGCUAACACAGUAAUACAGCUCAGAAUGAGCUCAUUCCGGGGGGGAGUGUUCGUUGCGCUACGCCAGUACCCGUCGAACUCCACAUGCCCCAAUGUACCCAGCGCUGAAGGUCACACCCAACGCCUACUGAGAGGACAAUAGAGGUAAUAAACUAUAGAGGGAGAAUGUCGCUGGCGUCGGCGCCGCAACAUCUCUUGCUGGCGAAGAUAGGGAGGGAUAUAAGUGUCAAAGCAAAAAAGUAUGCAGUUUGACAGAUAGAUACCCGGGAUGUUUGCGAACGAGAACAAAGGGAACAGCAGCGACAUUCGUCCUCUAUAGUUUAUUAACUCUAUUGAGAGGACCGACUACACACUGUCAGAAAGGGAAUCUAGGAACAAUCGACCAACUUUGGCAGAACAAAAACAAUAGGUUGAUGAAGUGCUAUUCGCGGCUAAGUUAAACUUCGCCAAAUUAUCAAAAAUAUUGACAUUAAUAAUUUGUUAACCAUGCCUACGUCCUCUUUUUACAGCACCGUUAGUAAAUAUAUUUAGGUUACGUUUAGCUCCUAGUGCACAUUGGUAGUAUAUAGUAGCGCUUUGAAGAUGGUGAGACAAGACACAAAUUACAAAAAUAAUUUGCGAACUAAGCCUAUCUCUAAUAGAAAGAGGCUCGAAAGAAGUUGAUCAUCAAUAUUAAUUUCUAUUCCCGAUCAGCCUAGAUAGCCGUGUAGUAUCGGUAGCAGUUCCUUCAACUGGCUAAGAAUAACACUACGGACCGUCUGUUCCGGUGGUAAGAGUCCACUAACAGGUGACCCCUAAUUCAUGGUGUCAAGCGGCUUAAUGCGUACCGUGCCUAGAAAUGAAUGGUUAGGGGGGUCUAAUAAAAACCUAGCCGCUAACGGUGAUUGUGGAGUACCAGGGCACCCUCCACAGUAUUUUUGCCCUUACUGUGUUAAACGGAGCAAUGACGCAGUGGACCUAAUUUGUCUCCGGGAUAAUCGGCUACUUUUCUUAAGUCUCAAUUCCGAGGCUUAACAAAAGUGGGUAAAUGUAUAUUUUCAUGACUGGAAUCAAGUUUGUACAGGUAAACCUUCAUCACGCAAAAGGUGCUUCUGCUGUGUUGAGUCGAAGGUUUGAAAAAGAAGGACUGGAAGUGGCGCUUAUUCAAGAGCCAUGGUCCAAUAAACGAAAGAUUCUUGGUGUUCUGACACAAAAUAGUAAACUAUUUUAUGAUGAACAACAAGAUUCUCCCAGAACUGCUGUCCUAGUACGUAAAACGUUAAAAUGUUAUCCUAUUACAGAGUUUAUCAGAAGGGACAUUGUUGCGGUCAUGGUAGAGGUACCAACCACUAGGGGUAAAACUGAGAUCGCUGUGGCUUCAGCUUACUUUCCUGGUGAUGUUCCUGAGGUACCUCCUCCUGAGAUCGCAUCAUUUGUUCAAUUCUGUAAAGAAAACAACAAAUCGUUCAUCAUUGGCUGUGACGCCAAUGCGCAUCACACGGUUUGGGGUAGUUCGGAUAUUAACAGUCGAGGUGAGUCACUAUUAGAGUAUCUGUCUUCGAACAAUAUAGACAUUUGUAAUAAUGGUGAUAAACCUACUUUCUUAAAUGCAAUCAGACAAGAGGUCUUGGAUCUAACACUGUGCAACGCUGCAAUCUUUGACAAGAUUACAAACUGGCACGUGUCAGAUGAGAUUUCUCUAUCUGAUCGUUGUAGGAAUUCUUCAUUAAUUAAUACACGAACACAUUUUUUUCCGUUUUCAUUUUCAAUUAUUUUAUUUUUUCAUAACCGUUCAUCGAUUCUAACAUUUCUAACUACGCACAACCGUCCAUCACAACUUUCCCUACAAAACUGCCGUUUUCAUUGUCUCCUUCGUUCUCGCUGCUCUCGUCAUCAUCGUUCUCGUCAUUCAUGUACUCACAUGACACGCACACCAGCGCACCAAACACGAAGCAUGUUCUCUCCCGUGAUCGACUUCGUUGACAACAUGCUUGUGUUGCUUGAUUCUUCUUUUCCGUUGUCUGUCAUCAAUGUGAAACACUGAUACAAAUUCUGAAGCUAAUUUCUUUAAUAUUGUCAUUGAAAUAUAUCGAACAUAUGUAUAUCAAAGAGUCUCCUAAUCAUUUACCAAAUAAUUCAAUUUAUCUGUAUUAUUUCCUACAAUCAUAAACACAUAAUCUUCAAUUGGAGCGGUGGAGAUUAUUCUAGAAUCGCAUUUAGAAAUCCCAGGAAGGCAAACUGGGAUCAAUAUGUAGAAUUGUUGAAUUCGCAAUCAUUUACAAUGGGGGAAACUAUCGAUUCAACCCAAAAGUUGGAAUCAUUUUCUCAAAGAGUAAAUGAAAGUAUCAUCAAUUCUUUUAACAGCAGUUGUCCCACCAUACAAUCGUCUUCUACUAGAGACGUGCCAUGGUGGAACUUUAAACUGGAUCGCCUAAGAAAAUUUUCUCGUAAAAUGUUCAAUAGAGCGAAACAAACGGGAGAUUGGACUCAGUAUAGGAAAGCCCUGACUGAGUACAACAACGAAAUACGAAAAUCUAAAAGAUAAUCUUGGGUGCUGACAUGUAAAAACAUAAACAGUACUCCUGUAGUUGCUAGACUACAAAAAACGCUUGCAAAAGAUCAUGCAAAUGAAUUGGGAAAUCUGAAGCGUGACGAUGGAGCUUUUACCAAAACUCCUCGUGAAACUUUGGAUUUAAUGAUGGAAACCCAUUUUCCAGGUUCGGUUCUAAGUGUGGAUUCCAAUGAUACUAUAUCUCUGGAAGGUGAAGGAUGUCCUAGUUUAAACUCUUCGGAGUCAACUAGUACAAUAAACACCGCCUCAGAUUUAGCUGAUGAAAUCUUCACGAAGGCCGGAGUGGAAAAUGCGAUAAGAUCUUUUCAGCCUUUUAAAUCUGCAGGAGUUGAUGGGAUAUUUCCAGCACUGAUUCAAAACGGAGAAGCGGUGUUGGUUCCAUCACUAAUUGAGAUGUUCAAGGCUAGUUUGAGAUUGAAUUAUGUUCCAUCAAAAUGGAGACUUGUAAAAGUUAUCUUUAUCCCGAAAAAGGGGAAACGAGAUAAAACGCAUCCGAAAGCAUAUAGACCAAUUAGUCUUUCUUCAGUUUUGUUGAAGACUAUGGAAAAGGUUUUGAAGGAUUUUAUCAAUUCUUCUUACAUAAAAGAGUAUCCCCUGUCUGACUUCCAGUUUGCUUAUCAAUCUGGUAAGUCAACGGUUACGGUACUUCACUCGCUAGUAACAAAGGUGGAAAAAACGUUUUCAGCAAAAGAAAUAGCUCUAUGCGCCUUUUUAGAUAUAGAAGGAGCUUUUGAUAAUGCCUCCUAUUCAUCUAUGAAGCGUGCCAUGGAGAAUAAAAACUUAAUGUAUCAUACAUUGGAUUCAUACUGUGCUUGCAAAAAGAGAAAUCACCUCUGAGCUGGGAAGUUCUUCGAUAACAGUAAGGGCAACAAAGGGUUGCCCUCAAGGAGGAGUCCUCUCACCACUAAUGUGGUCCUUAGUUGUAGACGAUCUUUUAAGAAGCUUGCAGGAAAGAGGUUUCGAAGUUGUGGGCUUUGCAGACGAUAUAGUCAUAAUAGUGAGAGGAAAGUAUGACGAAACUGUUUCGGAGAGAAUGCAAAGGGCCCUAAACUAUACACAUUCAUGGUGUAUUAAGGAGGGCCUUAGCAUCAAUCCGUCAAAAGUCGUAAUUGUCCCUUUCACUAGGAGAAGGAAGAUCAACCUAAAAGCUUUUCGGCUUGGAGGGAUACAAAUUCAUCCUAGUGAUCGAGUCAAAUACUUAGGUUUGAUUCUGGAUGCCAAACUGAACUGGAAUGCUCAAAUUGAGUCCGUGAUCGGUAAAGCAACAAGUGCGUUCUGGUUAUGCUCCAAAACUAUUGGCAGGAAGUGGGGCUUGAAACCAAAAAUGAUAAUGUGGAUUUAUACUGCCAUAAUCCGCCCAAAAGUGACGUAUGCUUCGUUUGUUUGGUGGCCAAAAACAAAAGAGGCUACCACGCAAUCAAAGCUUGCGAAAAUCCAACGUCUUGCGUCCAUUGCUGUUACAAGAGCGAUGCGAAGCACUCCAUCAAAAGCUUUAGAUGCGAUUCUCAAUCUGCUACCUUUGCACGAGUACGUGCAAUUAGAAGCAGAAAAGGAAUUGCUGCGACUUAAACGAAUUGAAAAGUUUAUGCCAGGUGAUUUUGUAGGUCACCUGAGCAUUUCACAAUACUUCCAAAAUAGGCCAGUAAUGAAAAUGAUUAAAGACUGGACGAAACCUGUGAAGAACCAUGAUGUUCCUUACAAGUUGCACGAAACAACUCGUGCAGAUUGGGAAGUCGGAGGUCCCACUGUUCGUCAAGGAUCAAUCAAAUUCUAUACAGAUGGCUCAAAAGUUGGAAUAAAAACGGGAGCAGGAAUCUACGGCCCUGGAAUACAAACAUCAGUGGCGAUGGGACACUAUCCUGCGGUGUUUCAAGCAGAGAUUCUUGCUAUUUUGAAAUGCGCAAAUAUCUGCCUUGAGAGAAAAUACAGAUAUGCAAAUAUUUGUAUUUUCUCAGAUAGUCAAGCUGCACUAAAACCAUUGUGCGCUUACAAAUGCACUUCAAAGCUUGUCUGGGAAUGCAUUCUUUCACUGCGCAGGCUGUGCCAAGGGAACUCAGUAAACUUAUACUGGGCUCCAGGUCACUGCGGCAUUGAAGGGAAUGAAAUGGCAGACGUGCUUGCUAAAAGUGGUUCCAAUUUACAAUUUGUUGGUCCAGAACCAUUCUGCGGAAUAUCAAACUGUACAAUUAAAAUGGAUCUGAAAUGCUGGGCUGAGCAGAGGGUGAUAUUCAAUUCGAUGGAUGUCAAAAAUUGCAAUCAGUCAAAACAAUUUAUAACACCAAAUGCUUAUAAAACCAAAAAGCUCUUAGAGCUCAACAAGAGAGCUCUAUGUACAUACACUGGCCUAGUAACUGGACACUAUCCGAGCAGGUAUCACUUGAAAAAGAUUGGCCAGAUUCAGAGUGAUAUCUGUCGUUUCUGUAAUACGGAACGUGAAACCUCGGAACAUAUGCUUUGCAGUUGUGGUGCUUUAUACAUGCGCAGGCAAAGAUUUCUAAAUAGUGGUUGCUUGCAACCCAGUGAGAUCUGGUCUGCAGAACCUGGGAAGGUCUUGGGGUUUAUUAAUUCCAUUGCACCUGACUGGGAGACGACGCGUCGUGGCAGAAGCUGAUUACUUGACACAUGCAGGUGUAGUGUGAUGAAUCGGCAAAGUUAAAUAAACGUCCACGCGGAUGUUUAUAUCAUAACAAUCAAACAGGCUAUGCACUUUGUGUGGCCUGCUUAAUCGUGCAACUAAGCACAACAGAAUAAACCAUACGCCACCGAGCGUUGGUCGGUUGCCACGAAAAGCAAAUUGAAUAAAUCAUUCUGGUUCCGAGCCCAACAGCUAACGGGUGUACACUUUACUCUGAAGAAAACUCCAAAUUAGUACAUGGCUACCUAAGACAGGUUUUGCCUUCUCCGCAGCAAAAGUGUGAAAGUGAUACAGUUCGGUAAAGUGUAUUCCAAUCACAUUUGAAAAUGGGUUGGUUUUCAAGUGACGAGAUCGUCACUACGAAUCAAAUGGGACCCAGUGAAGAACACCAUCAAACACAAGCGGUUGCGCUUUGCAUUUUAACAGUUAUCGCGGGUGCGUACGUGCUAAUAAAACUACUACUGAAGUUGCACAAAUCACACACGGAACGGCUGGCAGAAAGAGCCGCUCGACGAGCCGCUGCCCAUCCAAUCUAACAGUUAUAAGGAAGUGUCGAACUUUACUGUACUGUGUGGAGUAGUUGAAAUAAAUAAUAACAUUUUUAUUGGAAACAUUAAGUGCAAGUGACUAAGUAACUAUACAAUGACGGAACACAAGAUAAACAGUUUAGUGUUCACAUUGUGUUACACACAAAUGUACGAGGUGAAAACCAAGCUCGAAGCUAGAGCGUACCGAGGAUUUUCAAAGGAAGAGCAACAAGCAACGCCCUAUUCCAAGUAGCAGCAGCAGCAGCGAUCUCCAACGGAAUGCAAACGAACACCAGGAGUUCGAUUGUGGAACUUCGAGAUGACAUAGUGGACAUACUCAUGUGGAAAAUCGAACACUACUAGUGGCAGUGCAGACGAAGAAACAACAUAACAAACGGGUCAUCCGGCAACAUGGAGCCGACCCCAACAAGGGCGCAACAUGGAGCGACCCCAACGUAGCUUCGUCGUUGCUGCUGAGACUUGCAGAUGAUAUACUAGCGUGAGUGAUGAUUUAAUUUAAUAGUUAAAAAUAAAUAAGUACCGAAACAUUUUAGUUAAAAUGGUGUAUUCAAGUGGUGUUUGACAUUGUAAUAUUCAAAAAUGUGUGACUUACUGAGAGAUCUUGUUUGAAAGUAAAUUACCAAAUCUCAUAAAUCCUGUACGAGAAUUAAUUAUCCGGAAGCCUAACAGUGACCUCAUCCGAUUUUAAAAAGAAGAGAGUUAAAUGAAAAAAAAUGUUGUCAAAAAUAUAGAACAACUUGCACUUACUUUGAGAAAUCUGAGGAAGGCACCAAACAGGAAAUUUUUGAGGAAAACACUAGUAGACAAGUUAGUAAAGGCUCGUAAUCUUUAUGAAGCAAAUUUAUACCUCUUAGACGAAUUCGAAUGUUCUAAUCAAAAAAUCCUCUUAAGAAAAUCCAGAGAUAUUUUUAGUGAAAUUAAAAUUUUUAUCGACGUGCGACUUGAUAAGGCCAAACAUCUCAUACGUUUUAAAACAAUUGUAAAACUUAUCAU